CAGCGCCGCCGCGGGGAGGGCGGCCCAAGGUCGGACCGGGCUGCGGCGGGGCGAAACCAGGCCGGGGGCUGCUGUUGCGGCCCCGGCUGCCCGCAGAUGGAGUACGACUGGCUGGGCUUCGGCUACGCAACGCUGGUGGCGGCGGGCGGCCUCGUUGGCUACGCCAAGGCAGGCAGUGUUCCGUCACUAGCUGCUGGUCUUCUCUUUGGCGGCUUAGCAGGACUAGGUGCUUACCAGCAGUCCAAAGACCCAAAGAAUGUGUGGCUUUCCCUCGUGGCAUCUGGAACCUUGUCUGCUGUUAUGGGAAUGAGAUUUUACAACUCCAAAAAACCAAUGCCCGGGAUCAUCGCUGGUGCCAGUUUACUGAUGGUUGGACGGCUUGGAUUUCUGAUCAUGGAGAAGCCUCUUAAGCCAUAACUCUCCAAUCAAGUCACUUGAAGAUUACAUGAUGGAGAAGUGAGAAGCCUGGAAAGUGUAACUGCCUAAAUGUGGUACAUGAAAGUGGAAAAGGCACCGCUGCCCAUGCACUGUAUUGUUCAUAUCCUAAUGCAUGUGGGUCGUGUUUAAAGGACCGAUACUGAGAGCCCUUGUCAUGUCUUCCAGAAUGGUAUUUGUCUUAACAUUCUCUGCACUGUGAUGCAAUAAAGUAAGAGUGUAGCAUUAGUUUAGCUUCUGGCCCUGCAGCUUAUGGUAGGCAAAGACCUCUUGGCACUUGUGUGUAGACAGUUGCAGGAUUGAAACGUAAAUGCUAUACAUCUGGACUUGUCAUUCUAAAAUCAUCUAUACCUCUAAAACAAGGAGAGAGAAGUCGCUAAUUUGUCACUAGUAAUUAAUACAACAAUGCACUUACUACGUUCCUUCUCCCUUUCCUUGCCAGUUUAUCUGGUCGUGAUGUUUGUCAGUCAGGGAUUUUGUUCUCCCAGCACUGUGGGUUAGAACCUGGUCUUGCAAAACACAAUCAUGGAGCAGGCUCUCAAGGUUCUGCUGUAAUGCAGUGAAUGCAAACCUGUUAGUUGCAAAGUACUUG